AUGGGAAAAUCCUUCCACGCCGCCGACGGCCUCUUGAACCAAAACCUCUCCUCCAUACUCCAAACCUCUUGCCUCCACCACAACCUACACGUCUCCCUUUCAGCCAUAGUAAACGACUCCUCCGCCACGCUCCUCUCCGCAGCUUACUCCCACCCCUCAACCACAACCUUCGGUCUAAUCCUCGGUACAGGCGUCAACAUCGCCGCCUACCUCCCCGUCACCACCAUCAGCCCCUCCAAACUCCCCCCCCGUCCCCAAACCCUCGCCACUCACGUAGUAGUAAACACAGAACUCGGCAUGUUCGGCGGCCCCUCCCUCCCCUCAACAAAAUGGGACAAGACCCUCAAAGCCUCCCACCCAAGACCAGACUUUCAGCCUCUGGAGCAUCUCGUCAGCGGGUUCUACCUCGGCGAGGUGGCCAGGUUGAUUUUGGUCGAUGCAAUCCACGAAACGGGGGCAUUCGGCGGGGUUGUCCCGGAUUCUUUAGCGAGGGAAUACACCCUCGAUGCAAAGACACUAUCUCUUCUCGAAAGGUGCUCCCCGUCCGCUGUCCCUCUCUGA